UAAACGCUCCGGGCAAGGCCCAAGCCUGCUUAAGUACUAGGGCAGCCCCGUAUCUAGUGUGCGUGCGCUUACCGCUGUUAUUAUAUGGUUGCAUACUUGAUAGAUCAGUGCAAGACUUUAAGAGUUGACCGAUGCCGCGCCAAUACUGGCAUUAGCCCGCCUCGCGCGCGUUUCUGGCUUCUAACGCGUCAAGACAUGGGAGUGAACCCGAUUCACCAAGCUCACAGAUAAAAGCAGCAGGCAAAAGAGGGGCUGCGCUUCGCACAAAUCCGCAAUGAAGAAGCUUCUCCUGUGCUGCGUACCCUGGAAGGGGCAGAGAGUGGAGGAGUCCUUACACGAGUCUGCAUCCAACGCGAGCGCAGCCCCGGGGCCCCCGGAAACCGGCAAUGCGGCCAUUGACACGCCCUUUGCGCCAAGCGAAGCUCAGCCUUUGCCUGCACCUAUGCUCGGAGCCGAGGAUGUUACGUUGGGGUCCCCGUUACACUGUGGGCUCGCGAUAGAUCCAAGCGCUGUGCCGGAGGAGCUCCCGCGUAGAGUUUCGCAAGGCUCCGUGCCGCUGUGGCUUCCCUCGCCACGUCACAGCUGGAGCGCGGAGCUGCAGGGCGGGGGGCGCGGCGCGCCGGGCGUAACGCCGGCGGCGCCCAGGGAGCUCGGCGGCGGCGGCCGCGGCGGCGGCGGCUCGGGCCUGGAUGCGCUGCUGCUGCUGGAGGGUGUGCGGGGACUACUGGAGGGGCAUGGCGGCGGCGGCGGCGGCGGCGGCAGCGGCAGCGGCAGCGGCGGCGGGGCGCCGAUAGCGGUGGCGGUGACCGCCGGCGCCGUGUCAGCAACAGGCAGGCCCGGCGAGGGCGCCGCGGGCGUAGGCCCGGCAGCGGCGGCAACCGUGGCAUUAGCGGCGUCCGUGACGGCGCCCGCAGCCGUGGGUGGUGGCCGAGGGCCCAGGGGCGUCGGUCCGGCGAGCAGCGGCGGCGCGGGCAGGCUGCGUCACGCUGGCGCGGCCCGCAGCACCACCCCCGCCAGCAGCACCACCACCUACACCUUCACCGCCACCGCGCCGCCCUCGGGCGCCACCACCCUCCUCUCCACCGCGCCGCUGCCCUCCGCCGCCCUGCUGUCCACAACCUCCGCGCCCUCGCCGCCGCCCUCCGCGCCGAUGAUGCGCACAGCCGCCACCGGCAGCGCCAGCACCGGCACCGGCGGCGCCGGGACGUCAGGCGGCACGCCCCGCAGCGGCGCCGCAGGCCGCAGCAACAGCACCGGCGGCGGCGGCCUCGGUGCGCCAGUGGCGCCGCUGGAUGCAGCAGGUGGCGGCGGCGGGCGCAGCAGCACCGACACAGCUGGCUCCGCCACCCACCUGCCGCCCGACCGCAGCUUCAACGCCGCCUCCACCGCCACCACCACCACCACCGCCGAAGCCACCAACAGCCUGCGGAACAAGCAGGAUCUGGAUCACAGCGGUGAGCAGGUGCAGGUGCAGGCGCAGCAGGCGGCGGCAGGGCAAACGCUGGCAGGAGCCAUGGCUGCGGGCGCGCCUGGCAGCAGCGGCAGCGGACACCGCAGCGGCACCGGCAGCAGCCAGGGCAGCUGCGGCCUGCUGGCGGCGGCGGGGGCGGCCGCGGCGGCAGAGCCCGGGCAGCGAUCCACUUCCUCGCGCGGCACUGGUGCGGCAUUGCCGCCCUCCGCCUCGGGGCUGUCGCUGGCGGGUGCGCACUGGGGCGCCCGGGAGGCGGCCGUGGGCACCUCGCAGGCGCAGAUGCAGGCGCAGGCGCAGGUCUCCGACGCUGUGGUGCUCGGUGAGUCGCCGGCGCUGCUGCAGGGGCUGGGGCUCAGCGGGUCUGACCCGCUGGAGCCGCCCGCGCCCGCGCCCGCGCCCGCGCCCGCGCCCCGGCCGGAGGCGGCGGGGCCGGGCGCCAGCCCUCGACACCCAGACGACGUGACGGUCGCGGCCCUGGGGACCGCUGCGCCGCUGACCAACACCGCCACCGCCGCAGCCGCCGCUACUGCCCACGGCGCGGGGCCGGUGGUGCGGGUUGAGGCGGCGGUGCAGCCUCUGCGCCGCCUGCAGGCGCCGCGCUGGCCCGCGCCGCCGCCCGUCGUGGCCGCCACCACCGCUGGCAGCGGCGGCGCGCUUAACGAGAGCCCCGGCAGCGGCGGCACGGGUGCCUCCUUCGCCACCUCCGCCACCUUCACCACCAGCCGCGAACAGCUACUGGACUCGGCCGUGGGCGUGGCGCCGGCGGCGGCGGUGGCGGCGGCGGCGGGCUCGGCGGCGGCAUCUGUGUCCGGCGGCGAGCAGGGCGAGGCGGAGGGCGCGGCAUCAGGGCAGGUGCAGGUGGCGGCGGCGGCGAGGCCGGCGGCGAUGCCGGUGGCGGCGGCGCAGCUGCCGCACGCGGCGGCUGGCGAGGGCGGCACGGGUGCGGGCGCGUCAGGCUGCAGGCCGCUGAUGGCGGCGCUUCUGGCAGCCGGCGGCACUGCACGUGUUCACGGAGCGGCAGCAGCGGCGAUGGCCACGCAGCGCCGGCCGGCCAGCGCGGCCGAAGCCUUCUACCUGCGGACCGACUCGCCGCCGCUGCAGUCCGGCGGCUUCCUGGCACCACCGCCGCCGUCAUUUGUGCCGCGCUCCGCCACCGCCGUCACUGGCAUGCCCAUCGUCAUAGCGCCGGCGGUGCACGCGCAGGCCCGGCGCAGCAGCGGCAGCAGCAGCCUGCGCUACGGCAGCAGCCCCACCGCCGCCGCGGCUGCCGGCCGCCGUGCUAGCGGUGGCGUUGGUGCUGCGGGGCCGUUGGCGGCGCCCCGUGGCGGCAGCCCAGCCGGCAGCGCUUCCUUCCGCCGCCAGGUCAUUCGUGCCGCGUCGGCCGCCUCGCGCCGGAGCUCCCGCGCACAGGUUGUUGCGUCGGCCGAUGCGGCUCCGCCGCCGCCGGCGCAGCAGCAGCAGCUGCCGGCUGCCAACAGCAGUGCCAUGGCGGUGGCGGCGGGAGGCCGGGGCGGCCAGGGCGGCAGCCGCAGCGGCCAGGGCCUGUUGGCGCUGGCCGCAGCCGAUGUGGCGCCCGGCAGCCCUGGCAGCAGCACCCACGACCGCACCCCCAGCACGCCCAGCCUCCACAGCGUGCACGGCUCUCUCAGCUCGCAGCCGCAGCCGCCGCUGCUCGAGCACGCCGCCGCCGCCGCUGCUAACACCAUGGCGGCGGCGACGGCCUCGGGCAGCUCCGCCCGUAGCCGGCACUCUGGCGCGCCGCUGUGGGUGACUCAGCCCGGCGCCGUCGGUGUGGAUGGCGGUGGCAGCUAUAGCGUGCAGGGGUCGGGGGGCAGCGCGUACUCGUACUCGCAGUCGCAGCCGCACUCGCGGCCGCACUCGCGGCCGCGCACGCCGUCGUCGGGCAGGAUGGGCGGUGCCCUCAGCACCGGCACCGGCACCGGCAGCAACCGCACCCCCGCCAGCAGCGGCAGCACUUGUGGCGGCGGCGGCGGCGACGGCCGGGCUCAGCGGCGGCUGCUGGCGGCGGCCCCGCUGAUGGCGCUGGAGGUGGUGGGCGGCGGCGUGGGCGGCGCGGAGGUGUGGCCUGGCGGCGGCGGCAGUGGCGGCGGCGCGGUUGCCGGCUGGAUGAGCCCCGGCCCCGGCGGCGGCGCGGCUGCUCCCCCUGCUGUGGGGGGCGGGGUUGGCGGCGGCGGUCCCCGCCUGGGCGGGCCGCCGCGUCAUCCGUCCCACGCCCAGCCCCACUCGCUGCUGGCGCUGCUGGGGGACCUGCAGGAGGCGGCGCACCCGCCGCUGCUGCCGGGCACAGGGGGCGGGCAGGGCAUCAUCGUGACAGGCCGCUGGCGCGACGGCUCCGCAGUGGCCGUCAAGCUGCUGUGCGGCCGCGGCCCCGCCGCCCUGGCGCCCGGCAGUGGCGCAAUGACGGCGGUGCGGCGUGCGGGCGCGGCGGCGGUGGCGCACCGCAACCUGGCGCAGGUUCUGGCCAUUCGCGCCUGCCCCGUGACCGCGCAGGCGGCUGAGGCCCUGGCGCCCGAGGGCCGCCGCAGCGCCCGCCUGCUGGCCGAGAGCCUGUCCAUCAGCUUCGGGCUGUCCGGGCUCAUGGCCGCGGCAGCCGGCCUGGCGCCCGCCCCCGCGGCGGCCACGCCGCUGCCGUCCCUCGGCGGCGCCACCGCCCCCGGCAGCGCCGCCGCUGCCUCCGCCUCCGCGUCUGCAGGGUCGUCGGCGUCGGCGGCGGCGGCGGGAGCAGGCGCCACGGGCACCACGGGCGCCGCUGCGGGCGGCUGGGAGGCACCUGGCUCGCCGCGGCGGCGUGCGCUGGCGGCUCUGCGGCCUCGUGCGGGCGACUGGCUGGUGGCGGUGGUGAUGAGCAACUACAGAAUGGGCAACCUGGAGUCUGUGCUGCAGCUGCCGCACUCGCCCUUCGCCGCGCACGGCCGCCGCUGGGGCCCCUACCUGGCGGCGCGCGCCGUGCUGCGCUGCGCGCGCGAGCUGGCGGCGGCCCUGGCGGCGCUGCACCGGCGCGGGGUGGUGCACGGCGGCCUCAAGCCCAGCAAUGUGCUGCUGGCGCCGGCGGCAGGGGACCUGCGCCGCUUCGAGAUAAAGGUGGCGGACGCCUGCUUCUCCGUCGCGGCGCUGGACGGGCUGGGCGGCAGCGGCCCCACGCCCGCGCCGCCCGCCCACCUGCUGUACUGCGCCCCCGAGGCACUGCUGCGCGGGCCCUCCCGCCCCGCCGACGUCUGGUCCUUCGGCCUGCUGCUGCGCGCGCUGGUGCUGCCCGCCGCGCCGCCGCCGCCGCCGCCCGAGGCGCAGGUGGUGCUGGUGGCAGCCAUGAGGCCAGCGGCGGCAGCUGGCGGCGCUAGUGGCGGCGGUGGCACGGAGGCGGCGCCUGGUGCGGGUGCGAUGUCGGGCGAGCCGGCCGGAGGACGCGGCGGAUCUGCUGCAGGAGGUGUGGGCGCUGCUGCGGGUGGUGCGGCGGGUGGUGGCGGCGGCGGGCCGCUGCCGGCGGCGCCCCUGAGCAUCACGCCGCCCG